GGGAAUUUAGAUGCCCUCUCUUUCAAAAUGAACUGGUAUCGCCAUUCAAAAGUGUUUGAACUGUCAGUCUCAAACAUGUUGGCCUCAGAGUGUAGAUUCAACAAAUCCUAGGAGCUUUUUCGUUGGCUUGUGGUGAUCUAUACACACACCCUCCUCAAGCCUGAACAUCAAAGCAUCUUUUUCCAUUUGAUUGAUUUAUAGUGAUGCGUUGCUGGAGGACGCAAGCUUGCGUGUUAUCAGAGGAUGGAAUGCAUGCAGCUCAAGCACAGACUGGUAACUCUAACUACCCUGAUGUUGGGAAAGAGCCCCUUUCCAACCGCCAACUCAUCCACCCGUAGUUCAGCAACGCGAGCCAUGUACUUUCACAGAGAUCUAUUUAGGUAUCCUUAUGCUUGCCGGCAAUUUCCCGGACGCGCCGAAAGACCCGUGUUGUAUCACAUGGGAACGAUAAGACUGUGAUACUAUUGUGUCUAUUGUGCCUGUGACGAUCUGACUUCGCGUCCCUCUCACCGUCUCUUUCCUUACGAACCAGCAUCGAAUAAAUGGCUCCAAAGGUUGCAAUCAUCGGGGCCGGUCUCUCAGGACUUGCGUCCCUGAAACAGUGUCUCGAGGAGGGCUUCGAUGCCACAAUCUUCGAGGCUCGUCCUGUCAUCGGAGGCCAGUGGUGCUAUGAGGAGCCAGAUCCAGUUACCGGCGAAACAUCCUCUUCGAUGUACGAAGGAGUCUUGUUGAAUUCUUGUCGUGACACCUCGACUUUUAGCGACUUUCCUAUGGACCCUAGCCGCUAUCCCGACUACUUUGGUCACAAGCGCUUUUUGCGAUACAUCGAAGAGUAUGCGGAGUAUUUCGGACUCAGAGAGCAUAUCUGUUUGAACACCGAAGUCGUUUCCUGCUCACAAGACAAGGAAGGGAAAUGGAGUGUCAAGACAAUCCAGAAAGGAAGAUCCCCUGUCAAAGAUACUUACGAUGCGAUCUUCGCGUGUUCAGGUGCGCUUGCAGACCCAGUUAUUCCCAUGUUUGAGGGACUGGAGAAAUUCAAAGGUGACGUUUUCCACAGUCAUAUUUAUAGGCGCCCAGGCGCACUUGAAGGAAGAAGAAUCGCCAUCAUCGGUUUCGGUAAUUCCGCCGCAGAUUUAUCUUCUGAGUUGAGCUGGCAGGCGAAAGAGCUGCAUCUUAUUACUCGCAGAGGCGGAUGGAUCGUCCCUCGCUUCGUUUUGGGCAAACCGGCAGAGGCAUAUGACAAUCGUGUCGCAGAAACAAUCUUGCCAUCCAAGUUUUCCCAGUGGAUCCAAACGCAGCUCUGCAACCACGUUCUGGGCAAGCUCCCGGAUGUCCUGCAGCCAGAGCAUGGGCUCAUGGAAGCAAAUGUCACAAUGCGAAGUGACCUGCUUGAAAACAUCAAAACCGGUCGUAUCAUCCCUCACAGAGCUGGAGUGAAAAGAGUCUCAGAGACAUCUUUGAUUUUAACUGACGGUACAUUCAUUGAUGUCGAUGUUAUCAUCUGCUGCACUGGAUAUCACAUGAGCAUUCCGUACGUACCCGAGGAGAGUUACCGAAAUAACCAUAAUCCAAUCCUUAACACCAACAAUUCGAUGGAACUCUAUAAAUUAGUCGCAUCUCCAACCUUCCCGAACGUGUUUUUCAUCGGCUUCGUUGAGCUCGCAGGCCCUCUGGUCCCGGUCUCAGAGACACAGGCAAGAUGGGCGACUUCGGUACUUGCCGGUAGGAUCAAGCUGCCUUCCGUCAAGAUGAUGUAUGGAUCGAUAGCCGCGUACCAAGCGCGCCUAGCUGCCGUGAUGGUGAAUUCCGAUCGACACACUGUCACCAUUCGCUACCUACCUUACUGCGAUGAUCUCCUGAGGGAUAUCGGCGCUAAUCCGACAUUCUGUCGCCUGUUUUCUAAGGUCUUCACCUCCAAUCCUGUCACAGCAGUCAAGGUGCUCAAGGCAGUGUACCUUGGAAUAAAUUCUCCGGCACAAUAUCGUCUAUUUGGCCACGGAAGUAAGCCCAUGCUUGCAUCCGCCACAUUGUUAAGACUCGCCGACGAAGCUCCGGGACUGAGCGAAAAGGAGAGACAUAUUCUUUGCAUGAGCCAGCCUGAAGGAUAAUAAAAAACGGAAGCCCAUUUGUUUACCUGGCGAAAAAUCGAGAUACCUAUCUUUAUGAUAUCCCCUAGUGAUGUACCUAAGAGAAACAUUCCAUGAUCCGCGCACCCGACUAAUCAGCCCAUGUUGACCUCACAACUGUGGCCUGAUUGCGGAAAAAAGCGAGGGUCAGAUAUCCUGUUCUUAGCCAAACUCGUGAUCAGAAAAAACGCUCCCGGGAUACUCUGUUAUUUCACGCAGGAUAUGACCUGCAUUUGUAAGCUGCAAGCCGUCAAAACUUCAUCCCGGCUAUCUGCUCAGAGAUUAGCUGCUUUUUCAGCUUUUCGUGCUUCAGAACCAACAAUCCCAGAGUUCCCCAU